AUGAGUGGUGCAACUUAUAAAGAAAUUGAUCAUGCAAUAAACGCAAAACAGGUUAAUGCAACAGAUAAGGGGCUCGAUAAGAGAACAACACCAUACAUGGGAUAUAUUGCGGCGAGAAAUCCAGACGACAAGCCGAUUAAUAUAAUCAAACGAUGCCAAAAGGAGGGUAGACCUGUGUUUAUAGCUGGACCAAUGGUACGUUAUUCAAAACUACCAUUUCGGCAACUGGUUCGGGAUUAUCAGUGUGAUAUUGUUUAUUCUCCCAUGAUCUUGGCAAGGGAGUUUGUAAGGAACGAAAAUGCCCGUUUGAGCGAUUUUUCCACUAAUGACAGUGACAGACCAUUGAUAGUUCAGUUGGGGGUCAAUAAUAUCACCGAUUUGAUCAGAUGUGUGGAGAUGAUACAUCCGUAUGUUGAUGGUAUUGGCAUCAACUGUGGAUGUCCCAUUAAGGAGCAAGUGAGAGAAGGCAUUGGAGCUGCACUAAUGAGCAACAAGGAUUUAGUUAGUGAAAUGGUCUAUGAAGUUAAGAAGAGGUGGGGGGACGAAAUCUGCAUUGAGACUAAAAUCAGGGUUCACGAUGAUAUCAAUGAGACGAUUGACUUUGUCAAGGAGGUUGAAAAGGCUGGUGUUGACUUUAUAACUGUCCAUGGACGUACCAAGAAUACUAGGAGCAGCCAACCUGCAAAUUUUGAAAAAAUCAGGAUAAUCAAGGAGAGUGUUGGUGUGCCAGUUAUAGCCAAUGGUGACUGUUUCAGUUUAAAAGAUGCGUAUAGUAUUAUCGAGACUACUCGAUGUGACGGUGUCAUGGCUGUACGUGGCAUAUUGAACAAUCCAGGGUUAUUUGCAGGUCAUGCAAAGUGUCCAUGGGGGGCAAUUGAAAAAUUCUGGCAUUAUUCAACCUCGUACGGCCUCCCCUAUAAAUUGAUCCAGCAUCAUCUCUCAUGUAUGAUGGAAGGGUUGAUCACGAGGAAACAACUGAUUGGGUUAAACGAAUGUGAAAAUUUGAUUGAGCUUAUCGAAUGGUUUGAUGAAAGGUACCAACUAAAGAGACCACAAGAUCCAGGGUUUGGUGAAGGUGUUCAUAUUCCUGUUCGUUUGGAUCGCAGUGACAUGCCCAAUCUAUAG